GAAGAGAUGUUAACAAUUAUUGUUUCGAGAUGGUCGGUGCAAAGUCGAAGAAUGCUUGUUUUUCAAAAGAUAAAUUAAUUGCGGCGGGAUAUCAUUUUAAUAUUCAGUGUUGCGCCAUACAAAAGUGUACAGAAAACAUGUAUAAUACCAUCCUUGCAAUUUAUUUUAUGCACGCUUAGUAAAGUGUAGAAUGUGGUUCGCGUGGCAGAAAUCUAAUCAAAAUCCGAAAAACUCUGUGCUACUUUUUUUUUUCAGAUUGACCACUGCCAAGACCUUCGUGAUCAUUGAAAACCCAAACGCUGUGUCAACAUGAAUGAACAAUUUCAUGUCCUAAAUGAUGCUUACAGAAGUUUAUUGUCGAGAACAUCACCCAGCAAAAUGAGUAGCCAUGAGUUGGCAUCCUCCAUGUUCACAUGUGUAUGUGAACUGACUCUUGAUGCCAGUGAUGGUUCUCAGCAUCAGGACCAGUCCAGAGAUCUCCUAACGUCCUCCAAAUAUUCUCCAAACCCAAAUGGAACUGAACUGGCUUGUCUUGUGUUGACUCUGGUGGAGAAAAUAAGCUCCAAGCUGACAUCUCAACAACUGUCUCAAGAAACCAGCCUUUACUUCAAAGAUGUUUCUACAGUAUUAUUCCAGCAUAUGGAUUUUAUGUCCAAACUUGUUCACCUUGCCUGCUGCAAGGACAGGUUGCUGUCUCAUCUAGCUGCAAAGAGUGUAUCCUCCUAUGUUAUUUUUGAGCUGCGUUGCUUUAAUACAGUCAACCAGAUAUGGGAAUGGAGGUGCUUGCAAGUGCUCCAGAACCCUUGCUCUGGCAACGAACUGGAUGCAUGCACAUGGUCACUUACCACUGUCCUGAAAGCAGUUCUAAAAGAAACAUCAGAAUAUAAACCUGGGACUGUGGAGAAACUUCUUGCCACAUUCGACACAGCUCUCACUGCUGCUUACUCCCAGCUUGUCCCUGUAGAGAGUCUGGGCCAUGGGAACUCUGCAUCAUACCCCAGUAGUAGCAUGGCAGACUGGGCUACAACUCUGACUAACCUCCUACACUUACUGGAAGUGCUCACUGCAGCCAGGUUCAAACUAAGCACCACCAGUGUCUGUUUCACCAGCUCAAGGCUCUCCCUCGUACAGGCAUCGGCGCUACUGCGGAUAGUCGACUCUCAUGUCCACUACUUUGUGAAGAAGCAAGUGCUUCUGCUUUUAAAGAGGAUUCUCCUUCAGAAGGCAGGCGAGGACAUGGGUUUUGGCGAGGCGUCCUCUCUAACGCAUGGAGAUGAUCACAUGACCAGUGACAUUCUUACACUGGCUGAUGAUGUGUUGCAGGCAGUGCACACUGAUUGGUUACAGUGUGUUCCAGUGGAGUCGGCGGCCAUUUUCUUUGGAGGGACAGGCCAAUCGUGUGGCGGGAGCAGUGAUGCGUUCGAUCAUGUGAUGCUGAGGGCUGUUAGUCUAGUUGUGCUCAAGUCACUGGAAUACAAAAUCCAAUCUGCUGGUGGGAAAGGUGUAUGUAAUACCAUAGGCAUCCAUGGCUAUUUAAGUGCGUUGCUGCUGUUCCUGAGGCAGCGUGGGGUCCAGCUGAAGCAGGGUUCUCACUCCUGCUGCUGGGUGUCCUUGGUGUUUGGAGAGCAGGACGACGACAUGAUGGAAGCAGCAAAGGCUUUACUCCUACUAUACCUCCAUCACAGAGUGUCCUCUGACCUGGAAGCUGAUGCUGUGUGUGUUGUUGGCGGCAACCCCCACUGUCACUUUCUCUUCCUCCUCCGCAACAUCUCCUUCGACCACAGCAUUCUCCUCGAUUUCCUCAUCUCAACGGAAACCUGCUUCCUCGAGUACUUUGUCCGUUACCUAAAACACCUCCGGGACGACUGGGAAGGCUUCCGAACGGUCUGUCAGAAGAUAGAUGGGUCGGACCGGUGUAAACUGAGCUGGAAGAUUAGCCAGAAAGACGAUCAACUAUUGGACAACCUGAGAGAGGAACUCCACCAGUCGUUGUGUGCCUCUCGUGGAAGCGUGUCUACAUCCAGCUAUUCUGGAGGAUCAGUUACCUUCGUGGACCCAGAGCCAGCUCCCUGUCUGCAGCCCAGCUUGUGUCUGCCUUCAGGGAGAGCAACUGUCCCGGCCUCUACUCCCCCUCUCCGUCUGGUGGACUACGGCAGCUCAGAGGAGUCUGAGACUGAGGACGGUGACCUCCCAUCAGGCCUUACACAGGAUAGGCUACACAGUGACUCUGUGGUUCACACACACAACAGCCACUCUUUUGAUAGGACUGUUAUGUGUCUGACAGAGCUCAGAGUGGUGGUGACUAGACUGCAGAGGAGGAGUCUGUUCCCUUACAAUGCCACCUCGCUCUUGAAACUGCUGACACAGAUUGAAGCGAAGAGAUGUUGUUCACAGCGUUGAACUCCGUAAUGAUGUAAUAAAUGUUACAUGGUGGUA